AUGCUUGCGUGCGAUUCCAGAUUCCCACAGGUGGAAACUCUCAACCUAAAUAGUGUAAAUGGCCUGGUGCGAGAUGAAUGUCUAGCUUCAUGCUCAAAAAUGCGGCAUCUCCGUGGAGUCGUGCUCGACGGAUGCAAGCACAUAACCAGCGACGGGCUUAAGCAAUUGAACAAAAAUAUUCAAUCUCUCAGCUUGAGGAACUGCUCACAGAUAACUUGGACCGGCUUGCGCGAACUGUCAAACUUCCCCAAACUCACCACCCUCAACAUCGCGGGCAUAAAGCCACCCGGGUCUGCUGCUGUCGCCGCCGGCCACGGCCACCUCCAAAAUGUGCAUGCACACGCACAUGCGCCGCCGGCGGCCGCUGCGGGUGGCGGGUCCGCUGCCGGCCCCGUGCUGUCUGAACUUCUCCAGCGCCUUGAGAGCCUCACACUGGGUGACCCCAUGGCGCUGUCCUUCAUUGCGGAUCGAAUGGUGGUGGAGGAGCUGGCGGCUGUUCGACCCGCUCGACUGACUCACCUGGACCUCAGCGGAUGCAUUGAUCUGACGGAUUGGGCCGUCCAUGAGCUGUGUUGCGCCAUCCCCGGCCUCACAAGCCUCAGUCUGCAGUCCUGUGUUAGACUAACCAACGGCUCCAUGCCGGAGCUGAGCCGCCUGCCCGCGCUGCGGGCCCUUAAUCUUCGGGGCUGUCUGCAGCUGAACGACACGGGCCUGGCUGCCGGGCUCUCCGGGCUUAGCUGCCUGCAGGAGCUCAAUCUGCAGGGCUGCACCUCCAUUACUGGUAUGUUGCCGCGCGUUCUCGGAUUAUCGCUGUUUCCGUACCUACCCGUACCCGUACAGCAGCGCGGCGCUGAGCCAUCACAAAACCAUUAUUACAUCACCAUCCCCGGAGGUUCGUGUCUGAGCUCUCUAGCCCCUUGCAAGUCCUUGUCAGUCCUCAACGUGUCGCACUGCGCGGCCUUUAGCAGCUUGGAGCCGCUGCGCUGCUUGCCCGGACUACAACGCCUGGACGUGUCGCACUGCAGCAAGCUCAGUCCGACGAGCAUUACGGCGCUCACGGCGCUGAGCAGGUUGACGGAAGUGCGGGCAAGCCACUUGCGAAACCACUCCACUCCCCUGGCACCUGCCGUGCCAGAUUUGUCGUACAUGAGCAGCCAGGGCGGCGUGCCGUCAGGCCUCCUGGACGCCGUGGCGGCCCUCACACGGCUGACCAGGUUGAACCUGGCGGGGUGCGGCGGCCCCGGCGGCGCGGUGGCGGCGGCGGCGUCAGGGUCUACUGGUGCUGGGCACCGUCGCGAGGCACGCAGCGGUCUGGGCUUCCUCAGUGGGCUGCGCCACCUCCAGGAUUUGGACCUUGGUUCCUGGCAGGAAGUGGACCCCCAGGAGCUGUCCUGCUUGGCGGGCGCCACCGCGUUGCGGCGGUUGGUCGUUUCUCGGUUGGGCAACCGCCACGCCAACGCCUGCUUCGAAGGCUGCGACUGCAGCGGCUCCGCGACGUCGUCACUCUACCCAAGUCCCUGCAGCAGCCCGCGGAGCACCGAAACCAGCCCACCGUUCGCCACCGAGAUGGCGGCAGCAGCACAGCCGCAGCCGCAGCCGACGCUCGCGGCAGCAGCAGCUGCUGCGGCGGCGGCGGCGGAGGCGCGUGACGGGUUAGCAGGUAUGGCGCGCGCAUGCGGGGCGGCAAUCAAUGCAGCGGCUGAUGUUGAGGAGGUGGAGGAGGCGGAGGUGGAGGAGGAGGAGGAGGCGGGGAUGUUUGCAUGCGGGGCGGCAAUUACGGCAGGCUCGGAGGACCUGAUGCAAGGUAGCCCUGGUGGAAUCAGCUACUCGAGCAGCAGCAGCUGCAACAGCAGCAGCAGCGGCGAUACCGUCGCGGCUACAUGCUCUUUCUCUGCAUCCCCCAGCAGCUCAUCGGAUGCUUCUCAGCUGCAGGUGUCGUCGCCUUCUGCCGAGUACGACACGCCAACCGGGCCAUCGUCGUUGUCGUCGUCGUCGUCGUACUCCUCGCAGCCGAUCAGUGUGCGCUGCGGCGCUGCGGUGACGCCGACAGUGGAGGUGGAGGCGUUAUCCAGCAUGGUGAAGGCAAUGCGUAUCUCAAGCUGCUCUGGCGAUGGGGGUCGCUGCGGCAGCGGCGGCCGCUGCUGCUGUACCCCCGCCGCUGUUGUUGGAGUUGUCGCGGCGGCAGCCGCUGUGGCGGCGUCGUCGACGGUGGCUGCUGGCGGCGGCGGCGGCGGCGGCGGCGGGGGCCCCAGCAGCUUCGAGAGCAUACUUGCGGCGGUGCCGCCGGUGGCGGCGCCGUUGCCUUGCCUGGCAGAGGCUGCGGCGGCUGGGUCAGUGGCGGCACGGAUGGGGCUGUUGUACGACCUGCCGCCAACGCCUCUUACACCGCGACCGGGCCUGGAUGGCGCGCUAGGGCAUCUGACGGGCCUUACAGCCCUGGCUGAGAUCCACCUGGAAGCCUGCAACCACGUGACCGAUGAGGGUGUGGCUCGCCUUGCCAGGCUGCCCCGGCUCGAGCUUCUAGACCUGGGCGGCUGCAACCGUGUCUCGGGCCGUACCCUGGGCGCCUUCGCGACCCACGGGUCGUUGCAGACGCUGCUGCUGGGCAACUGCGUGAGCCUCACAGACAGCGGCCUGGCGGCGGCCGCCACCGUCGCCUCCCUGAGGGUGCUCGACGUCAGCGGCUGCAACCGGCUCACGGAUGUCGGCACGGUGGCCCUGGGGUCGCUGGUGCGCCUCUCGCGGCUGUCACUGCGAAGCAACUCCAAAUGCUCCGACAGGACUGUUGAAGCGCUGUCGUGGCUACCCGCACUGCAAUGGCUGAGUCUGUCUCUUUGCGGCGUGACCGACGAGUCGCUGCGGCUGCUGACAGUGUCUCGCUCGCUGACGUGGCUGGAUCUCAGCCACUGCUGGCGUCUCAGCCGGGCGGGUGUACGGCAGCUAGAGGUGGAGCGGCCGCAGCUGAAAGUCAUUUUCAGCGGCCGCAGCUGA